GAGCAUUUGUUUCGCUUAUAGGCAUUGGCAUCUAUUCAAUGCUACACGGAACGCCCAUCACCUCCUCUUCUCCCUCUCUGUCUCUGCCCCUUCGCACUCCACGGCCUGCUUCUGUUCCUCCCUUGGCAUACUCCCACUACUCUCAGGGAGAGAAGGAAAGCAACAUGGAAGUGGUGAAUGCUAAUUUGAGACCGGAGAUUUUGUGCUCAGGGCAGCAGAAGCAGCAGAACCAGGUGGUUUUGAGUGAGGAGGCGGGUUGGGCUGUCGAAAGGGGGAAUAUUAUGGGUGAGGCGUUCUCUGUCGACGACCUCCUCAAUCUCGGUGAGUUCGUGGAGGACGAGAUGGAAGCGGCGGAGGAAGAAGCAGGAAGAGUAUGCCAAAUUGAUGCCCGAGAAGCGCAUAACGAAACAACGCAUUCUUCUUCUUCUUCUUCCUCGUCUUCGGGUCUCACCUUCGAGCUUCCGCUGCCGCUUUCGGAUAUAUGUCUUCCAGCGCAUGAUGCUGCAGAACUGGAAUGGGUUUCCUUCAUCAUCGACGACUCUAUCUCGGAGUUCCCGUCGUGCUCCGGCGUCGCAUCCCUUUCUCCGCCGCCGAGCGGCGCCCAGAGUGAGAACCUCCAAGCCCGUGCCGCCGAGCCACAAGGUCAAGGCCCUUCCUUCCUGGUCCCCAACGUCUGCGCCCUCUCCACCGAAGCCAAGGUCCCAGUCAAGGCCAAGCGGAGCAAGCGCUUGCGCAGCGCCACCGCCACCGCCGCCUGGUCCAUGUCCGGCCCGCUGUCCUUGGCGGACUCCUCCUCGUGCUCCUCCGCCACCACCACCUCCUCCGCCUCUUCUUGCUCCUCGACGUCUUCCUCUUCCCCUUUCCUCAUAUACGACCCCUCCGCGGUCGCCGUCGACCAAAGCUUCCUCCUUUACGACCAUCCCCCGCAGCCCAAGAAGCAGAAGCCGAAGAAACGCGGCCGGAAGCCCAAAACGCCGCUGUCCACCGCCUCCGGCGAGCGGCGUUGCAGCCACUGCGGCGCCCAGAAGACUCCGCAGUGGCGGGCCGGCCCGCUCGGCGCCAAGACCCUAUGCAACGCCUGCGGCGUCCGUUUCAAGUCCGGCCGGCUCCUCCCGGAGUACCGCCCGGCGUGCAGCCCCACCUUCGUCAGCCACAAGCACUCCAACAGCCACCGCAAGGUCCUGGAGAUGCGCCGAAAGAAGGAGGCGGAGCUCCUGGCCCCCGCCGCUUCCCCGCCACCUCCCCUUUUGGUAGCAGUCUCUCUGUAACGGAUUGGGUCUUCUUCUUCUUCUUCUCUUUUAGGUAGCGGUUUAGCUUCGUCCCCUAGCUUUGGUAAGUUCGUCUCUAUUACUAGUUUUCUCUCCACCGGUUACACUACAUUAUACUCCUGUAGGCUUUCGCUGAAACAGAGAGACUCGGGUGUCGGAGAGAGAAACGAUAGAUUUUAGCGAGUUAUUAUGAAUUCCGAUGAUUGACCUGACUGCCUUUUCUGCUCAAAAUCUACAGUGAGAGUUGGCUUCAGCUUCAGCUUCAGCUUCCGACUCUGAAGUUUCUUGGUUAUUUCUUUGUUUGAAUUGAAUUCAGGACUGUUCUUGUUGUUUGUUU